AUGUCUAAAUUUCAGCGAUAUGAACAUUGCUAUCUUCUAACACCAUACACAUGUACUGAUGAUUCACAUUUGAUAAUAGAUACUGGAUCCUCAUUGCAAGUUCUAGAUAAUUAUUCACAAUUUUUAGAUAUUACAAAAAAUCCAGAUGAUGGUAUAUUAAAGGGAACCAGGAAAAAAGCUUGGACAACAGUUUCAACUGCUGGAUUUGUUGUCAAAUUUCAUGUAAAAUGCAAACCUUGCAAGACUGUUAGUGAAUUUAUUAACAAAUCAGAAACCAAUUUCAAUGCUUGUGUGGCAGCAGCAGGAUUGGUAGGAGGGAUCAACAGAAAAUCACUUCAGAUGAUUUUAGCUUGUGUAGGAAUUACUUUGCAACUUGUUUUACAAAAAGUUAUAGAGCAUCAUAAAGCAAACAAAUCGUACAAGUUAGUUUUGAUUGCUCUUGGUCUCAUGUACAUAAUGCUCAACAAGAAAAUGAGAAUUAUCCAGGAGGGUCACUUUGAGUUGAGUUCACAUAAAAUGAAGCAUGCUAUAUUAAUUGCUCUUUUAGAAAAAUUAACACCAAUUCUUGAGGAACAAGUUUUGCUUCUCAAUGUCACAAUAGAUGAUGAUUUGGAUUCAAAUAAAAUGUUAGAAUUAUCAAUCAGAUAUUUGCAGAGUUACAAAUGGAAUGGAUUUUGA